CAGUUAAAUUCAUCAAUUCUUUCAACCCCCAUCUCUCUUCCUGAUUCUUCUCUCUCUCUCUCUCUCUCUCAUUUAUACACACAGUCACACAGUGAGAGAUAUAUACAUUGCAUUGCACACCUUCUUUCACACACUUUUCUCUCACCCCCAAAAAAAAAAAAAAAAACCAACACAACAAAGAGAAAAAAAGAGAGGUAGAGAAAAAAGCCAAAGCCCCCAAGCCACCUGUUAAUACACUCGCUAACCAUCACCUAAAACCACUUCCACCUGUGAUCACAUUUGCGUUUUUACAAAAACCCUUUUAAUUAAUUUACCAAAAUUUCUCAAAUUUCUCUUUCUCUCUCUCAUCAAUUCAUUACCUUCUCACCAUUUUUUCUUCCUUCCAAAUGGGUUUUUAUUUAUUGGCUUUGUAGAGGCAUCACCAUAUUAUUCCUAGAGAAUCUACCUAAUUAUUUUCGAGAUCAUCCCAAAUCUGAAAAACCCUGUCUUUGAUUGAUCUCUCUCGCAUUGGCGAGGAAUAAAGGUUGGGUUUUUGUCUUUGACAAAGGAAUAAAGGUUGGGUUUUUGAGUGAGGAGACGAGGCUUAAAGAUAUAUAUAAUUUUUUCUUUUUUUUUUGUGGGUUUAAAAUUAGAAUUGUGGGUUUUUUUGUUGUGGAAGAAGUAGAGAUUUUUUUUUUUUUUUGGCCCCUUCACUUUGUCGAGAGGGCUUUCGGAAUUUAUAGUAUUUUGUUUAUUUUUUUGGUUGGUUUUUGAUUCCAUGGCUGCUGGUUCGGAAGUUUCUGGUGAGACAGCAGUGGUGGAAGUUCCGGCCGUUCAGCCUGAUGGAACUGUUUCAAAAACGGAUACAGUAUCGAAAAAUGCUGAUGUUAAUUCUGAUUCGAUUGCACCUUUGUCUAACGGUGCUAAGGAGUCCGAUUCGAGUUCCAAUAAUUCCAAUUCGAAAUCAGACAUCCAAAUGCAAGAUAUUGUUGAUAUGUUGAAGACACUCAAGUUGAAUCCGCUGGCCAAGGAAUUUUUUCCUUCUUCCUAUCAUCGUGAUCAAAUGGGGCUCAAUAUUAUGCCGGUCAUGAACUGGGCCAACCCUGGGUUUCCCAACAACCGAAGAAGAAGAAACAACUAUAGUCAGGGCAGGAGAAGAUUUAAUGGAAGAGCUUUUAGAGCUCAAAGGGAAGAUAGUAUCAGGCGAACAGUCUAUGUUUCUGACAUUGACCACAAUGUCACUGAGGAGCAACUUGCUGCUUUGUUUAGCAGUUAUGGUCAAGUUGUUGAUUGUCGAGUUUGUGGUGAUCCACAUUCCCGUCUUCGAUUUGCUUUUGUCGAGUUUUCUGAUGAAUACUCUGCACGAGCAGCUCUUAACCUUGGCGGAACAAUGUUAGGAUUUUCUCCAGUGAAGGUUCUACCCUCGAAAACAGCUAUCCUUCCGGUGAAUCCUACAUUUCUCCCUAGGUCUGAGGAUGAGCGCGAAAUGUGUGCUAGGACAGUUUAUUGUACAAAUAUUGAUAAAAAGGUGUCUCAAGCUGAUGUUAAAAACUUUUUUGAAAGUAGAUGCGGCGAGGUGUCUCGUCUGAGGCUUUUGGGAGAUCAUGUGCACUCAACUCGCAUUGCUUUUGUUGAAUUUGUUAUGGCUGAAAGUGCAAUUGUGGCUCUGGACUGCUGCGGUGAAGUACUGGGAUCCCAGCGCAUCAGGGUGAGUCCCUCAAAGACACCUGUGAGGCCCCGCAUCCCUCGCCCUAUCUUCCAGUAGAGCCGGUCUUUGAAACCAAAGAUUGGGAAGGAGUUAAAAUGCUAAUUUUGAAUUGGAAGAGAGACAAAGGUCCUGAAAGGAGGAGCUGUGAAGCAUAGAUUUCUUUUCGUAUUUCCAUCUUUUUCUGGAAACAGUACCUUUUUCUGCUCCCAACUCGUUUCUGUUUAAAUUAGUUUUAAGGAUUGUCCCAAUCCUGAGGACUUCAAAACCGGGAUUCAGUAUGACGGUUCUGAAUUAUGAACUCGUUUAGACACGCUUAGCAGAAUUAUGCCAGUAAAUUUCACGCCUUAAUCUGCUCUUCAUAGAUAUAGCUAAUAAAUGAUGGAAUCCGGUUAUCAGUAGUACCAUAGUUUGUUUUGCUUUAUCAUUUCCUCUUCCUCUCUAAAAGAAAUGAUACAUAUACUUAGAAUUUGGUGAAUGUGGAGGGCACAUGAGGCUGUUAAUAAGCAUUCUUCCUUUUGGAAAACAAAUCAAGGGAGGCAGAGCCCUAGGUUACAUUGUGUUAUUUUUGUGGAUGUGUUGACCCAACAACAACAUGAAUAGUAAACUAUGGUUUACGGUUAAUGCGAUAAAGGGUAUUAUAGUCCAGCUCAUAGAGCC